AGUGGGGAGUGUGGCAUAUAUGUGACACGCUUUAAAAUAAUCCUGGGUUUAUCAAGGCCCCUCCAUCUCAGUGCAUGUUGCAGUGCAGGAGACAGCAUUAAAGCCUGAACAGGUGUUAAUCACUAUGCACUGUAAUAAAUUCUAAACAUAGGGAAAAGGCUUAUUUAUACAUGGCUGCUCCUCCCACCCUGCACUCUCUGCUUGAGCCUCGGUGCUGCCUGAGGGAAAGAGGCGCCCGUGAGGUACCAGAAAUGAGUGCAAGAGCUGGACCUGCCCUGCCAGAGCAGGAGGAGAUGGGGGUGGAAACCCUGACCCUGUCCCCAACCUCACACCAGGGUGUGCCAGCCCUGCCCUCGGCCCCCAUCGUGUCCUGGGGACAGCGUGGAUGAGCUGCACAGAGCACGGUGGGAGAGACACCAGUGCAUGGCCUGAGAGGGGCUGAGGGGACACCACCAAGGGAAACCGAGUCACAAAGCACCCAAAGUUUGGGGCAUUUUUUUUUUUUUAAUUUUUUUUUAAUUGCUUAGCCCCCCUAAUUGGAACCAAGCCAGCUGAUACAGAUGGGGUGUUACAAAACAGAGCCAAAAGGCAAGAGCACAAGGAACAGAGCUAUCUAUAACCCUGACAAAGUUAGAUGGAGUGAAGGUGGGGAAGAGGGAAAGGCAGAGCAUGGCAGGCGGCUGCCCCUGAUGCUGAGAGCAAGGACGUGAUCGUUUGGCAGCGGGAUUUGGAGCUGAUCGACUGGCGCUAUCCAGCAGGCAGAUAAGGCUCUGUGGCUGUCAGCUUAACUCUGCCGUUUAUUCCAGUGCUGUAGGGAGUUAAAUAGAGCACACGGAAAGCCUGCUGCCGGGGAGUGAAAGUCAAGGAGGGAGAGGGAAGGAAGAGGCUGGAAUUGGGCAGUGUCCGGGGAGUCGGGUGGAAGUGGCUGCAGGCAGAACCCCUCCAGGACCUGGCAGGCGGGCCACAAGGUCACUCCUUCUCCCUGGGGCCGUGGGCCAGGCUGGCUGGUGGAUGUGAGGACACGCUGGAGAGGACCACCAUGCUGCCUACAAGUGCUGGCCACCGGUGGAGGAGCAGGUUCCUCAUGAGGUGGCAGGAGGCUUGCCUGCUUGGCUGCUGGCUCUCACUGUGUGCUGCUGAGUCCUUCUUUGCUUGCCCUUCCUCCUGCAAGUGUAACAGUGGCAACCUGGAAGUGGACUGUAGUGGCUUGGGCCUCUCCUCCAUUCCCUCAGACAUCCCCACAAACACCAGGACCUUCCUCUUUCUCAACAACAAACUCAGCAUCCUGCCAGGAGCAGUGUUUGCCAACCUCUCUGCUCUCCAGAGGCUGGAUCUAUCCAACAACUUCUUGGACCAGCUCCCUCAGAACAUCUUCAGUGACCUGGGGAACCUCACGGAGCUGCAGCUGAGGAACAACAGCAUCCGGGCCUUGGACAAGGACCUGCUGCAGCACACGGCCCUGCUGCGCCGGCUGGACCUCUCCAUCAACGGCCUGGCCCAGAUCCCUUCGGGCAUCUUUGACGACCUGCCUGCUCUCCGCUCCCUCUCCCUCAGGUCCAACCGCCUGCAGAGCCUGGACAGGGUGACCUUCGAGCCUCUCACCAGCCUGCAGCUGCUCCAGGUCGGGGACAACCCCUGGGAAUGCGACUGCAACCUGCGGGACUUCAAGCACUGGAUGGAGUGGUUCUCCUACCGAGGUGGGAAAAUCGACCAGCUGGCCUGCACCUUGCCCAAGGAGCUGAAAGGAAAGGACAUGCGGAUGGUGCCCAUGGAGAUGUUCAACUACUGCUCCCAGCUGGAUGACGAGAACAGCUCUACAGUGCUGGACAAUACUGGCCCACCUUGCACUAAAGGAAGCCCUGCUCCUUCCAAAUCCAAAUCAGGCCCAGAAACAGAAGUGGAGCCCAGUGUGGGAUGCCCUCAGAAACAGCGGUACAGGCCUGUGAGCGUGCGCCGGGCUAUUGGCACUGUGAUCAUUGCAGGGGUGGUUUGUGGCAUCGUUUGCAUCAUGAUGGUGGUGGCAGCUGCCUAUGGCUGCAUCUACGCCUCCCUCAUGGCCAAGUACCACCGGGAGCUCAAGAAGAGGCAGCCACUCAUGGGUGACACAGAAGGCGAACAUGAAGAACAAAAACAAAUCUCUUCUGUGGCGUGAAACUGUUCUAGGAAGGAAGGGACAGCGAUGAGAAAAGGUACCUGAGAGCAGUCAAGCAUGGGGUCCUCCCAAAAUACAUCUUCCCAGACAGACUGUGCUAUUGCUCCACUCACCCAAGUAGUACAACAUGCUUCUGGGGGGUCAGGGCACCUGGCUCAAUUUCUUUUCCUCUGCCCCAGGCCCGUUUUGUGCCCUUUCACCCUUGGGCCCUCCCAGACAAAUAAAGUAGAGUCAGACCUCGAGUGCUUGCUGUGCCUCAUGCCCUUGCACAGAGCUUCCCUCACAUGCCUGCUGCAAAGGCAGCUGGCACCUUCUGGGAACCUGUGUCAUCCUCUCAGCUUCGGUCCUGAGUCGUCCUGUAUCCUGUCAGGAGUUCUCUGCAAACAGAGAGCGGCUGUGUGGAACCUUCUGUGGGGAGCAGGACACCAGCAGUGUCCCUGCCUCUCCGUUAGGUCACUGCUGUUGUGUGACACUACGUUGCUGCCUACCCUAAAAAUCAGUGCUGCCAAGAUGACAUCAGGAGGGAGGCGAGGUCCCUGUGGUAGGGCAACAGUCAGUGGCAGAUUUCUCUUCUCACUUUUAGAGGUGGAAAGAUACUUGUAUGGCCCUAACACAGUGCCAGGGAGCACAGUGUCCCUCUUUUUGCUCCUGGCCAAGUCCAAACCUUUGAGCUGACACAUGUGUCAUCUGCUGCAGGUGCACAGGCACAGAGUCAUCCUCCUGUACACACACACACACACACACACAGACUCAUUCUGAUCCCAACACGCACACACACAGCCAGUCCCAGUUCCAGGCAUCCAGGCACCCUCCUGCACAUGCAGAGCUAUCACCCACGCCCAUGCUGACCUGCCCUCUGCAUGCAGCCAUGGAUACAUCCAGCCACUUUACCUCACCCUAAUCAUAGACAUGCGUAUCCCCUUCUGCUUCAGACAAAAAACAUGCACAUGCCACCGAGGAGUAACAAAAACAACUCAGCCACAGUGCAGAGCCACUGGGAACUGGCAGGAGAGGAUGGAGAGAGGGAAAGUUAUUGAGAUUACACCACCAAUCUGUGGAAAUGACUACAUAGCAUGAAAAAAAACAAAGAAGGUGUGUUCUUAUCUAUUUUAUGUCUUCUCUAAUAAAUGGUGAGGGUAAGGAUAUGAAGCCUCCAUUUAGAAAUGUUUGAUUGGCAGAUCAGAAGUGGGUCAUCAGGAAAGACUAGAGGAGGAGGUGGCUUACCAGGAGCGUAAGCCAUGCUGAGUAGUGUGAGCCUAGGGAAAGGUGUCAGGGGAAGAAGUCACACACCCCAGGAGCUGCCACGGCUGGCACAGGGGCCGGCAUGGUGCGUGGAACAGGGUGAUGCAGCUGGCGUGACCAAAAGGAGUGGGCAGAGUUCUGGAAGGUCUUGAGGUGAAGGCUGGAACCUGCAGCACAGUGUGGCACAUGUGGGAGAGCCCAGGAAGGGUCUGGCAUAGGAGGCAGCAGAGCCCACAUGCACUCCCUUCACCAUCUCUGGGGUGUCCAGGGACACCCACGGCUGAGUGUGCCCAUGCACACAGCUGUGCACACUGCCACUGUCACGUAGGGUCACUUCCCCCAAGCAGAUUUUAAAGCCCUCAGACUGCAGUGCCUCCUAUUAGUCUUAGCUCAUUCUGACCUGACAGGAAAAAAAAAUAGUGAGAGGGAGAAAAAAAUGAAAGGAACUCAACAUAAGGACUCAUUUUGUAUCACUGGAAGUGGGAUAAAAUGCUGUCUCCAGGGGAGAGCGCACAUUGCCAUGGUAACCUGCUCUAACCCGUCACAGUGGGUAUUCCUGGGCGAGGAAGAUGACACUGGAGGUCGUGCAUCCACAGUGCCUGUGGAUGGUGAGAUCCCUGCCAUCAGGAAACAAGCUGGCAGCCAGCCCAGCUUUGCAGGGUGUUUUGCUCACAACCUGCGUUCAGAGCCCUGCACGCUCUGCAGGUGGACCCUGCCAGGGCACAUCCCCUCUCCCACCUGCUCCAUCUGAAUCCCAGUGCUGUGGGACAUCCACAGCCUCCUGCUCGCUGUGACUGGACCCCUGUGGAAGCAAUGCUGGCGCCUCACUCCUCCUGGUCCCACACAGGUGGUUGUACUGACCAGUGGGCACACAACAUCAUUAAUCAAAUGGCAAAAUCCCUCCUGGUCUAGCCAAGGUCACCAGAGCCAAGGAGACAGGAUGCUGUGCACUGUUUUAGCACGACUUCCCUUCAACACAGGGAUGCACGGGGCAGAGGAGGAUGUUCUUCAGGGAAGCACAAGACCAGGCUGCCACGGAGGAAGAACUGGGAGAAGCAGUCAGCCCACCCACCAGUGUGCGCACACACUUUCCCCCCGCUUCCAGCACGCUGUGGGGAAGAGGAAGAGAAGGAGGGGGGCUGGUGAAAUGUGAGGAGGAAGGACUCUUCCCCCAUGUACUGCACAGCCACUCCAACCAUCCCAUCUGCUCCAAGUGUAGCCCUCUCUGAAGGGCAGAACUGGUGCACUGCAGACUCCGUAUGCGUGUUCCUGCUGCUCCACAUUCCCAGCAAGCCAGGACCAGACUCUGCCUGCUGGAUCCAAACCCCUCCCCAGCCUCCCUCUCAGGGGAACCUCUCCCUUUACCAUACUGGACUCCGCAAUCAUACUUGAAAUGGGACUUGAGUCAGAGCGGUAUAUUUAUAGAUCUAUAUUUUACUUGCAUCAAAUGGUGACAUAUUGCACAAAACAAAUGGGAUCUAUAUAUGUGUGUGUGUGUGUGUGUGUAUGUGUGUGUGUGUGAUAAGAGAGAGACUGUUUUUAAGGGAACAGACUAGAGGUGAAACAAAUGGGAAGAAGGUAGGGGACAAUGCAGGGGUUGAGGGUGUGAAAUCCUCCUUCCCCUGAACCUUCCCUGUGACUUCCUCCUGCCCUGACCAAUUUUUCUUUGUUGCUAACAAUAUUUUCUAUAUCCUGUGUUGUGGGGCUGGUGAUGACCUUGCCCAACCUUUCCUUUUUUUUUGUUUUAAUUUAUACAGCAGAAAGUCUGGAUUUAUCUCAACCCUAGACAAGGGACUGCUAUGUUUAGAAACCCACCCAGGAAAGGAGAAGACAGGAAAGGGGAGAACUGAGUGUUGCUGGGAAACACGAAGGCUGGCUAUGAGGAGUCCUGCUGGAAAGCAAAUGCUCUGCUUGGCAGGAUGAGGACCUGUCCUUUGGCACACAGAGCAGAGUAACAGGGCCCAUUGGGAAGUGCCCUCUUCAUGGCACUGUUUGCAAACAGGCUCUUUCUCCAUUCCCCAGCACACCUGGGGAUCUGAGCUGCUGCCCUGGCACAGGCCCUGCAGGAACACAGCAUCCCGAGCGGGCAGACAUGGAGCUCUGUGGAUGCUGGACACAGACUGAGCCAGUGCUCCCUGUGUGCCCAGCCAAGGGUUCCUCUGCUGUGUGGGGACAGCAGCUCCUGGUGUCCCUGCAGGCGUGGCUGGCCAUGGGGGAACCCCCCUGGAUGCUCCCUUUGCUGCAGGCAGCUACUGCAAUGCCACAGGCAAGUGCCUGCCCUCAGGAAAGGCUCUGCUGGGGCUGGCAGGGCCACCAGGAACACCCCUCCUGUUCCCCCUGCUCCCCUUCCCCACACAUCCACCUGUGGGACAGGCAGGCACAUCCCUUGCAGGGAACAGAUUGCACUUGUAAUUCAUUUUUUGUUACCGUUUGAGGGAGAGCGACAAGAUUUUCUAAAAUGAUUGAAUGGAGGUUUCUUUGGCAUGAGACAGAAAUUUUUAAAGGUAUAUUAUAUUUCUGGCUUGUUGUUACAGAAUAAUAAUAAAGAAUGUAUUUUCCUAU